CCCUCUCUACACCCGUGACACACCCAGAUGUCACCUCGCUCCCUUGGCAGGUGACAGGGCACCGCUCCUGCCUUGCCCUUGAAAAUCAGCCACGCCACCGCCAAGUCAGCCAGCAGAGCAGGAUACACUCUCCUGGACCUCCCGAAGCAGCACACGGGGCUCCCCGCGAGACAAACCUGAGCUCCCCAGCAGCGCGGUGGGGGUUCGGAGACCACCAGCUCAUCCGAGUGGGCAGCCCAGCAUGUCCCAGCCAAGGCAAAGCCGGGCUCUUGUCAUCGUCAAUACCAGUUUCUGCAGCAGUGAUGGUGAUGUGGUGUUUGGGACCCGGAAAGGAGCCGAGAGAGAAGCAGAGAAGCUGUCCAGGAUACUCUCACGGCUCAACUACACGGUGAAGCUGAUGCAUAACAAGACAGCCAAGGAGAUAGAAGAUCUUUACCAGCAAGAGCGCGGCUGCGAGCACGGGCAGUACUUUGUGAGCAUCAUCUCCAGCCACGGAGAGGAGGGAGUCAUAUUUGGUUGCGACGCGGAGCCGGUGAAGCUGACCCGGAUUUUCCAGAUUUUGUCCUCAGAGAAGUGCCCGGUGCUCACCAAAAUACCCAAAAUCUUCUUUAUCCAGGCUUGCCGAGGGCAAGAGUUCGACCAGGGGGUGGUUGUGGAGUGUGACAGCGGGGAGCCGGGGCCGGACUACGAGCCAGGAUACCUCUCCAUCCCUCCCCAAACUGUUGUGAUGUUUGCCUGCAGUCCAGGCUACGUGGCCUUCCUCAACAUCUCCGGAUCCAUGUUCCUCCAGGCCCUGCUCAAGGUCCUGGAGGGUGAGGAACGUCACCUGGCCCUCAACCGCCUCAUGACCCGCAUUAACUGGGAGGUGGCCUUUCACUGCCAGGCCAGGGGUGCCUACAGGGGAUGCAAGGAGAUGCCCUGCUUUGUCACCAACCUGGUGCAGGAGGUCUUCCCCUUCUCAGCACCCAUCGUGGAGGAAGCAGACAGUGUUUGAGAGCUGCUGGUUCUGCAGAAAAGCCCAAGGGGUGAAGAGCAUCAUCUUGGUUGUGAGAAGUUCCCUGCUAUGCAUGUUAAAAAAAAAGACAAGUUACACAAAAACAAGCAGAAAACCCCUCUGGGAAGGUCACCAGGUCAAGCUGAGAUGUGCUGGAGCUACCGGGGAGACACAAGCCAAGUGCAGCCGGGGCAGAUCUGCAGAGCAGGAACAUCUGAUUUAAGCACACGACGGUGCAGUGACACCUAAACACCCCACAGCAGCACCCCCAAGCCAUGGCUGCCCGCAGCUCCGGAGGGGGACGUAAACCUGCUGCUCUCCC